AUGACAUCCAUACCCGAGGCCCGAUCCUCGUUCAACCUCAAAGUGCUGCGUCGGCACGAUGCGUCGAUCGUCGAGAUUGUCGAAACGGCCUCCUUCGUCGUGCUCUACAAUUACAACAGUGGCGAAUGGACCAAAACCGGCGUCGAAGGACCCCUGUUCCUCUUCCGACGUCGAUUGCCUCCUUACAACGGCUUCUUCCUCAUGAACCGCAACGGCGUGGAGAACUUCAGUGCGGACGUGACGCCGGAUGACGACCUCGAGAUUACGCCUGAAUUCAUCAUCUACCGGCCCGAGAAGAACGGCGACAACGAGGUGUACGGUAUUUGGGUGUUUGAGCCCAACCAGAGGAUGGCGAUCGGCGAUAAGCUGCUGAAACUGCAGCAGAUGGCGGAAGCGCCGAGCGAGGAGCAGGUGAUGGCGGCGGAUCGGGCAUCGAGCUCGACAGUGCCUGCUGUGAGCGGGGAUGGCGGGAAGCAGGCGGCUGCGCCAGCGGCAGCGGGCUCACAGAAGAAUGCUGCGAAGGUGGAGCCGGAGGGGAAAGCGGCGAAGCAAAGGGCGAACGGGAAGGCAAAGAAAGGCGCGAAACAGGCAGCUACAGCACCAGCAGCGGCCCCUACAGCAGGAGAGAAGAGCAUCGAUGAUGAAGCAGCAGUGCCAAGUGCAGCUGCAGACAACGUGGGCAGUACCCAAAUCAACCUCGACGACCUGUUCGGCAGCAGUGCGCCGGCACCAGAGAAUACGAUGCCCGAAUCAACAGUCGAAGCCUCGGUUCCAGCACAAGAGAGCAUCUCCGAAGAGCAGGCUACAUCGAACGGAAGCUCGCUGCUGGAUUCGCUCUUCCAAAAAGCAGUGUCGCUCGACACCACCGCUUUAACCACCUCCGAGACGCACAAGUCCACCGCUACUGGUGCCGAGUCAGCAGACAGCAAGCACUCGAAGGGGCUUCUAGCGCUCCUGGGUGGCAACACGUCGUCGUCGUCACCAGCAUCUCUAGCUGAGGCCGCCGACUUUGCUCCUGCUCACCCACAGGCUCCGACAGAAUCAACAAGUUCAGCGGCGGAAGAACAAGUAGGCGGCGCACCCAAGAUGUCCGACUUGAUCGAAGAGGGGAUUCGCGAUCGAAUUGGGCUGGGCGAUGACAACAAGCCUCUGUCGAGACGUGAGUUCGUCACAGAGCUGUUGAGCAUGGUUCACACGAAUCCGGAGUUUGUGACCGAGUUGUACGAGUCGUAUCUUUCGCGUGUUUCUUAG